GAGCGAGCGGAUUGGAACUACAAAUUAAUUAUUACCAGAUUAAUAAAAACAGAGUACUCAGUGGUUAACCCACCACAUAUGACACAAAUCAAAAGUCGGAAUCGCCAAUGAAAAGGCCACCACAUUCACGGCAGAAUCUUCUUAACUUUUCCCCAUCUUUUCUUGUGCUUCGAUCAUAUCUUAAGCCCAGCCCUCAACAAUUCCUAUAUUUAAUUCAUACUUAACGAUUUUCUGAUUCUCUAAGAAUUUUCCUUUCCAGCAAUCCCUCCCAAAAGCUAGCUCUGAUCCCAAUAACUCCGACAUGCAUAUGUUCUUCCCCUUUUUCUUCUUCCUCUUCCUCUUCCUUCUCUCUCUUUCCCGCCCUUCCUUUCCCGCCAGAACCCCACCAGACACAUCAACUGUCAUAACCGACGUCGAUGCCCAUAACGCCACGUGGCACAACUUCGCCAGGUUUCUAGACGCCGGGAAGGGCAGCCACGUAAUCGGCAUGUGGCAGCUCAAGAGGUACUUCAACCGUUUCGGUUACCUCCCGAUAUCCGACACGAACUUCACCGAUAUCUUCGAUACUCGAUUCGAAUCGGCCGUCCUUCUUUACCAAACGAAGCUCGGAUUGCCUGUCACAGGAAAGCUCGACUCCGAUACCAUAUCGGCUAUCAUGUCGCCCAGGUGUGGCAUGAGUGACACCUCGCAUAAGUUCCAUACCAAGCGUCACUUCCAGUACUUUUACGGUAGACCUCGGUGGCUCGGCUCGCCUCCGAUGACACUGACCUACGCUUUCUCGGAGGAUGACACGAUUGAUUACUUGAGCUUGCCGGAGAUUCGGGCGGUCUUUAGGCGUUCUUUUUCGCGGUGGGAGUCGGUGAUUCCGGUGAACUUUACAGAGACGUUGGAUUACCAAUCGGCAGCUAUUCGAAUCGGGUUUUAUCGGGGGGAUCACGGUGACGGGGAGCCGUUUGAUGGGGUGCUGGGAGUGCUGGCGCAUGCUUUCUCGCCACAGAACGGGAGGCUCCACCUGGACGCAGCGGAGACGUGGGCCGUUGAUUUCAAAUCAGAUAAGUCAAAGGUAGCCGUUGACUUGGAAUCGGUGGCUACCCAUGAGAUCGGGCAUAUACUUGGGCUGGCUCAUACUUCGGUCAGGGAGGCUGUUAUGUAUCCAAGCUUGAGUCCUCGGACUAAGAAGGUGGACCUCAAGAUUGAUGACGUGGAGGGCGUUCAGGCGCUUUAUGGGUCAAACCCUAAUUUCAAAUUUAGCUCUUUGUUGGAGUCGGAAAAUUCUUUUAACCAAGCCAUUGGCCUACACACUAGAUUCUCCGAGUGGACCAUUUCUUUGGCACUCUUGUUUUUAUAUUUGUCUUUGAGUAACUGAAGAUUUUUUUUUUUUUUUUUUAUAUAUAUAUAUAUUACAUUUUUUAGGUUAUAGGUGUAAAAAAACAAUCACAUUCUAAAGAAACUUGACAAUAAAUGAAGAUGAUUCUUUCUUUUAUAUCA